UACUGAUGACCUUCGUAUAACUCCGUUUUCUAUGGAUUGAUUACUGAUGACCUUCGUAUAACUCCGUUUUCUAUGGAGCAUUACCUUUCUUUCAUUCAGAAAUUGGGAAUGGAAGAUGAAUGCAUUCUCGAGGAGAAGGUUAUGGAUCUCGGUAGAGACGAGAUAUUGACAUUGCUUCGAAGACUGCUGGUCUCCAGUUCUCCGCUUACUGACUUGUUUUUCAAAAAUGUGGGUGUGACGAAUGAUGCAUCACAAGGAGUCGAUGUUAAAAACAUGAUUCGAGUUAAAAGAGAAAGCAACACAGACGCUGAAUCAAAAGAAACACACAUCACUUUGUUUUUAAACAAGUCUACGAAAAAAGUGUCAUUUGUAGAAGUUCAAGAAGAUUAUGCGAACUUUAUAUUCAGUUUCCUAACCUUGCCUCUUGGCGCCCUGAUCAAGCUCCAAAAUAACAAGUCGUUCUUGGGAUGUGUCGAUAACUUGUAUCGAAGUGCCACAAAGGUUAGUUCAGACUGUUUCAAAUCUGAGGAAUGCAGGGAUAUUCUUCUCUCUCCUAAGCUUGCAUCAUUCUUUGGUUACACUGGUAACAUGCUAAGGGUGGAUGAAAUUGCACCCCCUGAGGGUUUUUGCCGUGGUUGUUACAGUUGCUUCUGGAAUUUUAAUAUAGAGUGUGAAGCUUCAGACUGUGUCCACAGCGUGAAGUGGGCAGAUUUUAGACUGUUGAAUCCAAAAUCUCCAGAGGGAAUAACAGAAGCAGGUGGUGGAUAUGCCAAGGGAAAAUUCCUGGUGACUACUGAUCUUUGUGUGUCUCAAUUAUCCGCCUCUUCCUCGCUCCAAACUGUCAAGAGCCAGGAUCUUUCGUUCAGCGAUCUAGAGAUGAAGAGGGCCGUAUUUGGAGAAAUGCAGGCUCUUGAUCUACUUAGAUCUGCCGUAACCUCUAAAACUCCAAUUGAUGACGUGCUAAAUAUUUUCGGAAAGCGAAGGUGGAAUAUGAAUUUGGUUGCUAAAGAAGAAAUUAAGCCGCUUGAUUAAUUACGUGGCUUUUCCGCAAUGAUUUUGGAAAUUUAUGAACCAGCAACUGCAAUGGCGGAUCGAGUAUUAAUUUCUGGAAAGUGGUAUUACCAUAUAGUUAAUAAAUUAUAAAAUUUACAGCUAUUUUUGUUGAAUUUUUACACUUUGAAAAAUAAAGUACGCUCUCUCAUUAUUAUUAGCAUUGUCAAUUACAUGCAUGGCUACAUAACGUUGAUGUUCGAACGCGGGUAAGUAAUACGUUGGACAUGAUAUUGAUGUUCGAACAGUUGUGUAUUUUUUAUGGAAGAGAGCUGUUUCUUUCCCGAAUAAGCACAAGCACGGUACUGAAUCGAGGAACAAGGAAAAGAGAAUCAACCAGCAAUCCGUUACAGAAGCGACAGGGGUCCAGUGUAAACUGCGGAGUACGCGACGAGCUUG